CGCGCCUCCGGGAGCCCGGGCACGAGCGCAGGGACCGGGCGCCACCGGAGCUGCCGGGGAGCGGGAGCGCUUGCUGGCUGGCUUGCCGGCUGCCGUGCUGAGCCGGGCCACCACUAGCCGGUGGAUGGGGAUGUCCCGCUGAGCCCCAGAAUCCGCUUCCCUCCUCCAGGACCUGCACAGGGAAACAGAGCUUGACGGUUGCAAUCGUUGCACUGUGGUGCCAGGAUGGAGGCCCCACUGGUAAGUCUGGAUGAAGAGUUUGAGGAUAUCAGGCCCUGUUGCUCCGAGGAACCAGAGGAGAAGACGCAGAGUCUGUAUGGCACAUCUCCUCACCACCUGGAGGACCCUUCCCUCUCUGAACUUGAGAAUUUUUCAUCUGAAAUAAUCAGCUUCAAGUCCAUGGAGGACCUCGUGAACGAAUUUGAUGAGAAGCUCAAUGUCUGCUUUCGGAACUACAACGCCAAGACCGAGAACCUGGCUCCAGUGAAGAACCAGUUGCAGAUCCAGGAGGAGGAGGAGACCCUUCAGGACGAGGAGGUUUGGGAUGCUCUGACAGACAAUUACAUCCCUUCACUCUCAGAAGACUGGAGGGACCCAAACAUUGAGGCUCUGAAUGGCAACAGCUCUGACACUGAGAUCCAUGAGAAGGAAGAAGAAGAGUUCAAUGAGAAGAGUGAAAAUGAUUCUGGCAUCAAUGAAGAGCCUCUGCUCACAGCUGACCAGGUGAUUGAGGAGAUCGAAGAAAUGAUGCAGAACUCUCCAGAUCCUGAGGAGGAAGAGGAGGUGCUGGAAGAGGAGGAUGGAGGAGAAAUCUCAUCCCAGGCAGACUCAGUCCUGCUGCAAGAGAUGCAGGCCUUGACACAGACUUUCAACAACAACUGGUCCUAUGAAGGGCUAAGACACAUGUCUGGAUCUGAGCUGACAGAGCUGCUGGACCAGGUGGAGGGUGCCAUCCGUGACUUCUCAGAGGAGCUGGUACACCAGCUGGCCCGCAGAGAUGAGCUGGAGUUUGAGAAGGAAGUGAAGAACUCCUUCAUCACAGUGCUCAUUGAGGUCCAGAACAAGCAGAAGGAGCAACGGGAACUGAUGAAGAAGAGGCGGAAAGAGAAGGGGCUAAGCCUUCAGAACAACCGAAUAGAGAAGGGAAAUCAGAUGCCUCUCAAGCGCUUCAGCAUGGAAGGCAUUUCCAGCAUCCUGCAGAGCGGCAUCCGCCAGACCUUUGGCUCCCCAGGAGCCGACAGACAGUAUCUGAACACAGUCAUCCCUUACGAGAAGAAAUCCUCUCCUCCCUCUGUGGAAGACCUGCAGAUGCUGACCAACAUUCUCUUCGCCAUGAAGGAAGAUAAUGAGAAGGUGCCUACUUUGCUAACGGACUACAUUUUAAAAGUGCUUUGUCCAACUUAACCUCACCCUUGGAGCAGCCUCACUGCAGGAGGUCACUGAGCAAGAAAGUCAUUCCAUCACUGGGAUUGCAUGACACCACGUAACCUCCGGCGUGUGUUUAAACGUGUAUAGCUUAAGCAGGAUUAAACAUGAGCAACCACGCAGGGUCCUUUGCUGUUGGCUUCUAGUGCUAGUAAUCAUUGGAUGCAUGAUCGGGCGCAGGGCCGGUGGCACCGCUUCCUCUCCACCUGUGCUGAGGAAGGGAGGUGCCCUCACCACUCAUUAUGUAGUCUGGCUCCAGCCCUCAACCCAGCUUAUACUCUAAGACUAAUUUUGAAAUAAACCUUCAUUUAAUUAAUAUUCU